CGCAAGCCGAGCUUUACACCAAACAAAAGCCCUCGGAAGCGUCGCGUUUUUUUUUAUUCGGGUAAAGAGAAACUGAAGAUUAAGUUUGAAAAUGUUACCGAACAAAGCGCUCUCCGAAGACCGAUAUAAACCGCGCGGAUAUAAUCGGAUUUAUUAGCUUUGAUGGAUCGAUUCUUUAUAUGAGGAUACUGUGAUUUCUCUGUGUUGUACGGCUGCGAAUCAGAAUAUCAGGUUUAAACUCUCUCUAUUUUAUGGAGAAUUAAGUAAACCUGCGUCUGUUCUCUGUCAGCAUUGUUCGCGUUCGUUGUGAGUGUUUGUGUCGAGCCCUGUUGUUGCUCAUUAUCUGAUCGGACAGUCACAGAGAAAGGUGUUUAUCCAGGAUGACUCUGGCAGUGUUUUUUGGCUGUGCUUUCAUAGCGUUUGGUCCGUCUUUCGCCUUGUUUGUUUUCACUAUCGCCAAAGACCCGUUAAGAGUCAUCAUUCUGAUCGCAGGGGCGUUUUUUUGGCUGCUGUCUCUGCUCCUGUCCUCUCUGGUGUGGUUCAUCGCUAUAAAGGCCAGUAACUCGCAGGAUCUCAGUCUUCAGAGGGGCCUGCUGAUUUUUGGGGUCUUCUUCUCGGUCCUGCUCCAGGAGGUCUUUCGCUUUGCAUACUACAGACUGCUCAGGAAGGCCAACGAGGGUCUGGCUGCCAUUAGUGAUGAUGACAGUUCAGCUAUUUCGGUCCGACAGAUGGCUUACGUGGCUGGGCUGGGCUUCGGGAUCAUGAGUGGUGCGUUCUCAAUGAUCAACAUCCUGUCUGACUCUCUGGGUCCCGGGACGGUGGGCAUCUUUGGAGACUCACAGUAUUACUUCAUUACAGCAGCGCUGAUGACGCUGGCGCUGACGCUGCUGCACACGUUCUGGGGCGUGGUGUUCUUCGAGGGCUGUGAGAAGAGCCGCUGGUGGGUCAUCGCUGCAGUCGUCUCUCUACACUUGUUAGUCGCUGGCCUGUCGCUGCUGAAUCCGCUGUAUGAGGGCAGUUUGCCUCCUGUGUACGUCAUUACGCUGCUGAUGGGCGUCUGGGCGUUCUUCUCAUCCGGAGGAUCACUACACAGCCUCAAUGCAUUCUGCACACGCAGGAAAGCUGAGGCGGAAUCUUCCUAAGACGGUUUUUGUCAUACCUAGCGAGAUCUGGGACAACAGAUGGGCUGAGUCUGCUGCUCGAAUGAAUGGCAGCGCUUUGUGAAAGAGCACAUUCACCAGCUCAAACCCUGAGGGGAUCCAGCAUCAGCCAUCUCAACGGGGCCAACGGCCGUGAGGCUGUCACAGAAACACUGUAAAUAGCUUGAUCUGAAUGCAAAUCAAUAAGACAGAUCUCUAAUAUUAUUUUGUUUUAAAAGCAUCAUUGUCCAGCUCUUCUUGUGAAUGUUUGUGGUUUUGAGUUUUAUUUGCUGAUUUCCUGUACGUUCUGAGUGAAGCCGCUUCAAGGGGACGAGCGAUCAAACAGAGCACCAGUUUCACCCUCUUUUACUCAUGUUAUCAUUAUUAUUAUUACACACGUUCAAUUCAAUUCAAGUUUAUUUGUAUAGCGCUUUUUACGAUACAAUCGUUGCAAAGCAGCUUUACAGGAAACUAAGUUUCUACUAUAUAUACACAUACACAUACACACACACAUACACAUGUGAAGAAGAAACCCAAUAUGUUUAAGUUAGGACAGACUUAACUUGGUAAUUGUGUAUGUCCACUUCGUACAUGUGUAAAGUCCAGAGCAUUUCCAUUUACUGCUAUUAUAACCCUGAAGAGUUUUCAUAAUUGCUGUGUACAUUUUGAAACGCGUGUGUUGUGACAAACAAAUGCACAAGGAAAACAUUUCAAUUUCUCAAACGGAACGAAUGUCUUAACCAUUUCUGUGUAAUUAUGCAGGACAGAUUGAUGCUUGGUGGUCGUUUUUCAUUUGUUUGGAGCUCAUUUGAUCAGUAGAGAACGGGAAUCACAAAGCAACUGAAAAACUCAAUUUUCAAUAUAUUUCUGACAAUUGAAUGCAACUUUUACAUAUCUAACAGAAUCUUCUGUUUGUGUUAAUAUGUGACCCUGGAGCACAAAACCAGUCAUAAUAUUAUAAAACCAGUCAUAAUAUUUAUAGCAGUAGCCAAAAAUACAUUGCAUGGGUCAGAAUUAUCCUUUUUUUUUUUUUUUUGCCAAAAAUCAUUACAACAUUAAGAUCAUGUUCCAUGAAAAUAUUUUAUAAAUUACCUACCGUAAAUAUAUAAAAACCUAAUUUUUGAUUAGUAAUAUGCAUUGCUGAAAACUUCAUUUGGACAACUUUAAAGUCAAUUUUCUCAAUACUUUGAUUUUGUUUUGUUUUUUUGCACCCUCAGAUUCCAGAUUUUCAAAUGGUUGUAUCUCGGCCAAAUAUUGCCCUAUCAUAACAAACCAUACAUCAAUGGAAAGCUCUCAAAUGUCCAAAAAAUGGACGCUUGUGACUGGUUUUGUGGUCCAGGGUCACAUAUGAACUGGUGCUGGGCCUGUCGGCCGUGUGGUCAUCACAGUUGCAGUUAUCUGACACUUACUCUGCUGCUGUAUGUAGAUCCACACUUGUCUUCUUAGUGAGUUACACUAACAGCUUUAAUUCCUAACCCAGCACACUAACAUCACUGCGUUUACUUGCACAUUACCCGUUUUCUAGUCUGUUAGCCUUAAAACGCAUCCAGCACACGCUCGUUACGGUACAUCACAGACCACAGUGGCGUCUCAGCGGUUCUGUGUUGAUGCGGCGUUCAGGUCUGUUUCUCUGGAUGUUGGCAGCUCCUCGGUAACCACUAGCGUUCUGUGUUAAUGUAUUACGUUCUGUACUCAUCCUCUGUGUCUGUAUGCGAGUUGUUUCUGCUCUACGUUUGUCAUCCAGUGUUAAACCUGUGCAGAUGGAGCUCUCGUCAUGUUCUGUAAUUGGACACAAUAACUCGGUGCUUUACUAAAUUUCAAUUACAAAAGGACUUCUUGUAAUUAUGUAACAUUUUAAUGCUGCUUUAUAAAGUUUCUAAGAAUAUGACGUGCCAAACAGGGAAUCAGAUUGCUGUUCAUAUGCAAAAUUGAUUUGACAAAAAGAUUAAAAAUACCCUGUUAAUUAU